ACUCGCUUUGACCUCUACAACGACAAAGUAAUGUGGUGUACAAGAUGGUACCUUCCUCUCAUCCUUUUACCGCUACCAACGGCUCCGCCCAUCUUUCUGCUGCUCUUCCUGUUCACGCUGACUAUGCAUGCUAAACCCUGCUUCUACUGCAUCAUACUGCUGAGCACGUUGUUCGUUUCAACGUGUUACUGGUCCCCAAUACCGCUAGAUGCCCCACUUUCAGUACCCUGGGCGGAAAACAUUACGACCUUUCGCGAGGGGCUUACCUCGACCUUAUCUCCUUCCUACUCUAAGCCUCUGCCUUCAAUGAUUCAACCAGCGGAUCGUUGCUGGUGUGAUUUAUCCACAGCUGGCUUCUUCGAGCCUUUCAACACGUCUCUAUGGGAGAGAAUAAGCGUAGAAAAGCUUAAAGAUACUCUAGAACGCCAAGUUAGGAUUGAAGAGAAAAUCAAGCAACUCGAAUUUCAGGUGUCUGAAAACGAUACACAGUCAGCGCAGCCUUCCCCGACAGCGUAUGCGAACGCGAAGUCUAUAGCGCAAGGCUUUUGGUCUCUAUUAAGGUCCAAGGGUCAGACAGAUCCUCAACCUGCUUCUCCUCCAGCUGAAUUGGGCACUACACGGAAUAUCUCAGAUCCAAUGCCUGCUAUCGGCACUCCACCUCUUCCCCUCCUUCGACGAGAGUAUGACCUUCGCCGGUUUGGAGUGGGCCUCGUCAUUGAUUUUGGGUCUUCUGCGAAUGCGUAGUGGGCAGGUAAAAUACUAUAUUCUGUUCUAUGUAUCCGAUUCCUGUAUAAUAGUCGUUCGGCUUAUGUACACUGAAUUUAUAGUGAUAACCACGUGA